AUGGACACAAGUGUUAUAGGGCCCGUCACCGUCAUGGAGAGUUUCAUCAACCAAUUUGGGAAGCACUCCGCUGCCAUCCAUGGUAUCUUGGUGUCUUGUAUUCUUCUUUGCGCCGCCCUGGGCUCUUUAUUUGCUGGCAGACUCGCAGACCGACUGGGCCGCCCCAAAGCAAUGGCAUUUGGGGCAGGAGUUUUUACCGUGGGUGUCAUCUUGGAGGCCGCUGCAGUGAAGCUCUCGAUGUUUGCCGUAGGACGCGUCAUUGAGGGCCUUGGCUAUGGCCUCUACUUCAGCACGCAGACCGUCUAUAUCUGUGAAAUCUCACCACCAAAGGCACGAGGGCCCCUCACUUCGGGACCGCAGUUCAUGACAUGCAUGGCACUGGUAGUUGGGUAUUUUAUCAGCUAUGGUACGGUGAACAUACCAGGCUCGCUCUCAUGGCGACUUCCCUUCAUUAUCAUUAUCUUGAUGGCCAUCUUGUACCUGGUUAUCAAUCUAUUUAUUCUACCGGAGUCUCCGCGAUGGCUGAUUCGACAUCGGGAUUAUCGCGCGGCUGAGAAGGUAUGGGAUGCACUUGAAGUCAAACAGGAAGACCGGGAAGCCGACGACCCCAUAACGAUCCCAUCGCAAUCAAAUCCAGCAGGAGAAGAAAAGAAACAAAAGACCAAUUUUCGGAGCCUGUGGACUCGAGACGUGCGGAAGCAGACAUUUCUGGCAGUGUUUCUCUUGGGAUUCCUCCAGCUCUGCGGUAUCGAUGCUGUCCUCUAUUAUGCGCCUCUACUUUUCCAGCAGGCCGGCCUGCAAUCUCAAGAAGCCUCGUUCUUGGCAUCUGGUGUCUCUGCCAUCGUUAUAGUCGCGACAAGCAUUCCUGCAACACUGCUAGCUGACAAAUGGGGUCGUCGCACCAGCACACUGGUGGGAGGAGUGGGCCUGACGACGCUCAUGAUUUUGAUUGGCAGUCUCUAUGCUGGCCGUGCGGUCUUUCCUACGCAUGGUGCUGGUCGUUGGGUGGUCAUCGUGUCUAUCUAUCUCUAUUGCAUUGUGCAGGCCACGACCUGGGGUAUCAGUAUCAAGGUGUGGGCGCCAGAAAUCCAGCCCCAGCACACACGCGCCCAGGCGAUCAGUCUCGGAUAUGGCGCCAAUUGGGUUUGCAAUUUUUUCGUCGCCUUUGUAUGCCCAAUUCUCCUUGACAAGAGCGUGCCAAGUGCCUAUUUUCUUUUCGGCGGCUGCACUGCGGCCGCGACCAUUGUAAGUUUCUUCUAUAUGGUCGAAACGAAAGGGAAGUCUUUGGCCGAGAUCGAGCGAGCAUUCAAGACGCGGAUUCCGAUCGCGAGCUCGGCUAUCCCCAUGGCGAGACUGGCACAUGCAGACCAUGAGGUCAAGGCGGCAUAA